UUCGAACCCUUAUAAGGGCAUUUCCGCAAGAAAAGCCAACCGCAACAAAUCGAAGGCUCUCUUCUCGCGGUCGCGAUUCGCGAAGGCUCAGGCGGUCUUUCUCUCUUCCUCUCCUCCGGCUGCUGCUAAGGCAUUUGGCAUCUGAGCUCAACAGCAAGCAAAUGGCAGGUGGCAGGGUUGCACAUGCUACCCUCAAGGGGCCGAGCGUGGUGAAGGAGAUCUUCAUCGGAUUGACCCUAGGGCUGGUUGCCGGCGGUAUGUGGAAGAUGCAUCACUGGAACGAGCAGAGGAAGACUCGAUCCUUCUACGACAUGCUGGAAAAGGGGCAGAUCAGCGUCGUCGUCAAGGAGUAGUUUUGCCAUGCUGAAUCCGAAGUUCUGUAUCUAAAGUCUUCUGUUGUUCCCUUUUUUGUCAGUAAUUUCCAGUACUCUACUCUCCGGGCAGCAUGACAAAGUGAUUGUUGUGGAGAUUGUGACGAAAAUAAGCACCACCAUUUGAAAAAAUUGUAUCUUGUUGAAUUUGAUCUGUCCUUGUUCUUUGACAUCUGAAAUAUGUCCAUUUCAUAUCUGUCAUGAACAAACUCAGGGGAUUUGGAUGUCUUCUUGCUGACAUUAAUAUUAAUUUAGAUUUCCUUCGGCGA